AGCAGUGCUCACUCCACUGUAGGAGAGAGAGCAGAAACACGGCGAGACGAGACAUAGCAGGUGAUCUACUGGAAAUCUAGGGCAGAGGUGCUAGAAGAGCGAUGAAGAGGCUCAAAGAAUGAAGGCAGCUACAUUCCACGAAAACAAGGAAGUAGCUAAGACGGCAAAGGGGAACAUUUUCGAACUUCAUAUUUGAGUUUAUAUUCUUUGUGAACACUUUGGCUUCACGGAAAAAAAAGGAACAUUUAUGACAAAACAAAAAACAACAGACUUUUAAAGACUCAUUCUGGACUGGAAGAAAUCUCGUUCAUGUGGGUGUGGUGAGAGAAGAACAUGAGCAGCACCAACUUUAGCAUCGGUACAAUAAUCUAUGGUCAUCCAUUAUGCACAGAAUGGAGCAACAGCACAGAGGGUGCCAUCUACCAUCUGGGGAACACCAUCCUCUUUUUAGGGUACAUGGGUGGCAGUGGAACCUAUGGAGCACUAUACAUUUUCAGUUUUCUGGCUCCUGCUUUCCUUUGCUUGGCAUUAUGGGGCUGGCUAUCAGUGUGUGGGCUCGAUGUCUUUCUCUGGAACAUGUUGCUGAUGCUUCAGUGCCUAGCCCAGGUGUGCCACCUGAUAUUUCGGCUAAUGCGAGAUGGUCUCACCAAUGAGGAGCUUUCUGCACUUUACUCUGCAGUCUAUCUGCCACUGGAUGUACCUGUGCAGGUGUUCAAAGAGAUCACUGCUGCCUGUGAGAACAAGGUUCUCGCUCUCAAGGCUGAGGAGACUUAUGCCAUAGAGGGAAAAACACCAAUUGACCAGCUCUCAUUUCUGCUCUCUGGGAGGAUUCGAGUGUCUUUAGAAGGGCAGUUUCUUCAUUACAUAUUCCCUCACCAGUUCCUGGAUUCUCCAGAAUGGGAAUCACUCAGACCAACAGAGGAGGGAAAUUUCCAGGUGACUCUGACAGCAGAGACGGACUGCCACUACAUUUCCUGGCGCCGCCGACGUCUUUAUCUCCUUCUGGCCAAAGACCGCUACAUUGCUCGUCUCUUUUCUGUCAUGCUCGGCAGCGACAUUGCAGACAAACUCUACUCCCUUAAUGACAAACUAUUUGUCAAGAGUGGGGUUCAUCUUGACAUCCGUCUGCCCAGCCUCUACCAUGUUCUUGCCCCAUCACCACCAAGUAGUGAGAGGGGCAGUGGCAGUUCCCCACCUGGGGGAAGCCAAGGGAAUCAAACAGUAAUGCCAAUAUACCCAGCACCUAGCAACCAGCAUGUACAUCAAGCAAGCUCUCAACAAGGACAGGGGAAGAACCCACUUCUUAAAGGUCAGCCUUCCCAGCGACAUUCUUCCUCGGCUGCGGAUCCUGAGAUGCCUUCGGAAGGUGAUACUCCUGGAAGGUUUCGAUAUCAAAGAGGACGUGCUCCACUGGCUCCCACGGAUACCCCAAGGCUCUAAAAAUAAUCUAAUCCAUAAACAAAGCCAAGACUGGAACCAGGGUGUCAGCAAGUUCACUACAUGCUUCUUAUUUUCUCUGCUGUCAUAGGUUAUAUUUCCAUAGUAAAGAAAUAUAUUUUAAAUUGAAAAUCUUAAAGAGUUUAGAAAGGAUUUAACUAUAUUAGUGUAGAAGGAAUAUACUCCUCCCCUGGGCUUGCCAAAAAUCAACAAAGCCAAAAAUAGUUUUGGUUUCCAAGUUAAUAUCAUUACACAGGGUAUGCCAUAAUCUCUACCAAUUUCUUUUUCAUUUCUAUAUUUUUUCAGCUUUUUUUCCCCAUUUAUAAUGCCUUAAAAAGAACUUAUUAAAAUCAUUCUCAGGCCCUGACCAGAAAGCUUAAAGGUCAUUUAAUGGAACACAUUUGAAGUGCAACACCAGGGCCCAUAUUUACAAAGCUUCCUAAGCCUUAAAGUUGCUCCUA